GUUGAUGCUAACUGUAUGCUGUUUUCAUUUUUCAGUGAUCAGAUCGAGGACGAGGAAGAGGCCUAUGAAGAGGAAGUCGAGGAAGGAGAACAAGAUGAGGAGAAGCCCAAGUUCAAAGUCCCUAAGGUCCCUGACGGCGAGAAGGUGGACUUUGACGACCUUCAUAAGAAGCGUCAGAACAAAGACCUGGUUGAGCUGCAGGGGCUGAUCGACGUCCACUUUGAGAACAGGAAGAAGGAGGAGGAGGAGCUUAUCGCCCUCAAGUCCAGAAUUGAGAAACGUAGGUCAGAGAGGGCCGAGAUCCAGAGGGUACGCACUGAGAAGGACAAGGAACGCCAGGCCAGACGUGAGGAGGAGAGGCUGAAGAAGGAGGAGAUGGAUCAAAGGAGAAAGGCUGAUGAUGACGCUAAGAAGAAGUCAGCCCUGACCAACAUGGGCUCCAGCUAUAGCAGCUCACUGCAGAAGGCUGACACUAGGAGAGGAGGUAAGAAGCAGACUGAGAGAGAGAAGAAGAAGAAGAUCCUAGUGGAGCGACGCAAGCCUCUCAACAUCGACCAUCUGAACGAGGACAAGCUCAAGUAAGAUAUUAGUUUCGGUGGG